GGAGGCGAGCCUGAUCUAAUGACUGCAGCAAAGAUGAUCCUCCAUGACUGGCAAAGAGGCAAAAUACCCUUCUUCGUGGCCCCACCACAACAGCAGGAAGGUGAUCCAUCAGGAAAUUCCAAUUUGCCUGAUGCAAGCGAAGAACCGACAAUUAGCACAGAUCGGACAGCUGCCGCUAUGAAAGCCAUUGCUGGUAUUAUAUCAUCCCAGCAGCUAAUGCAUGUUCCUGCUCACAAGGACUUCGGUAAUGUCAUCGAAACAGAGACCAAAAAGAUAGAGCACCCUGAAGAAGAUGCAAGCCCAUCUGAAAUCUAAUCAAGCCCCCCUGCAGCCCCUUUCGUUCCAGCAGGUUUCAGAGAAUUAUGGGAAGGAACAUAGCCCUAAAGUUCUUUGUUCUUCAUCUGUGGCUGUAUCUAUGUAGGCUUGUUGGAUUUUGAACAUUAGAAAGUAUCUGGAAGGUGGGAAAUGUUUUGCCAUUUUUGAUUACUUGAACCAGAUCAGAUUUUUUGGUACGUGGAGUCUAAUGACUCACUAGAGAGGAAGAGUCUAGAUUUUUUGCUUGUAUUUUGUGCAUUUUGCCUCGAUGAUUAAUAAGAUAUUAGUGGCAAAAUCAUGAUGAUUUAGUUAUUGCA